CAGGUCUAGACAUCAAGGGGCACAUGACGAAUGCUUCAUUUCCUCUCUCGGCGAUGGACUUCCCAAUGCCCUCAGCAGCACCGCCUCAUCCAUUGUUAUCGGUAUCCUCUUUUAUCCAUCAGCAUUGGAUGCGACUAGGCGCAGAAAUAGCGUCUCGAAUCGAAGAAGGUAAACGGUUCGUCGGAAAUGUAGCCUCCAACUGGCCUCCACUGAGACGUGAUCGUUCCGCGUCGUCUCUCUUCGCUUCGGUGUCGCAGGAGUCUUGGCAACCCAAACACGCCUUCGAUGUCGCUCUCAGUACUGAAUACGUCGCCAAAACGCUCGCUGGGACUUCCGUCUAUACUGUCAGUAACUCUAAUAACGAGUUCGUGCUCAUCUCCGAUCCCAAUAGCGUCAAGUCCCUUGGUCUGCUAUGCUUUCGACAAGAAGAUGCCGAAGCACUUCUCGCCCAAGUCCAAUUGCGACAACCCGUUUUAGGACGGGGAGCUAGAGUUGUUCCCAUCACCCUCGAUCAGGUCUAUAUGUUGAAGGUUGAAGGAAUUGCAUUCCGUUUUCUGCCUGAUCCUGCUCAAAUAAGAAAUGCACUUGAGCUGAAAGCUACAGAUCCUGGGCGUGGGUUUGAUGGAGUCCCUGUUUUCCAGUCAAACCUUUUGGUUGUGAAGAAGAAGAACAAACGUUACUGCCCAAUAUAUUUUCAAAAGGAAGAUAUAGAAAGGGAACUCUCAAAGGUCUCAAGAACAUCAAGAGGAUCAGGCAUUUCUCAACACAUUAUGGUGGGGAGUUUGGAAGAUGUUCUGAAGAAGAUGGAGAUGAGUGAUAAGAAUUCGGGAUGGGAUGAUUUGAUCUUCAUUCCCCCUGGUAAAAGCUACUCUCAACACAUCCAGGAAGUGGCAGCAGCAUGAUAUGUUGGACACACAAGCCAGACUUAUAUUGGCCAUGUGAAAUGAUUUAGAGGCAAGCAAGUGCAUUGGGUGUUUAGGGUUCCUUGUGAAAGCAGAUUGCUAACUAGAGGAGCUAAAAAAUUCCGCAGAAGAUUGGAAUUGCCAGAUAAAAUAUUCACCAAAAGAGGUGAGAACUUUUAGCCCUAUCACGUUGCAUACUAUUUGAUUUUGCUGUCUUUUUGGUUGUGAAGCGGUGAAGCCCCCCGGAAUAAUGAAGUUAGCAGCGCGGGAGGAAAACGAGUAACAUGAUCAGUUGAGAAAUGGGAUAUAGUUAAAUGCGUAGAUCUUAGACAGGAUUAGCUGAUUUUCAUCUCACUCGACUCUUCAACACGUAGAAUUUUCCAACCAUUUAGUCAAGGACCAUGCAUCAAAUCAUCUGAAUAGCAAUGUGUGACGUGCCAAAUAACCCACGCAUUUACAUUCAAACUCUUGUUUAAUUUUGUUCUUGAGCAUUAUAAUAUAGGGAUCCAAAGGUUUUCCCUCUCUUGCCCUUCCCUUUUCUUUGGGUUCUUAUGGUUUUGCUUGAUUUAGGGCCUUUCAAUAUUAAGUUGAAAUGGUGGAAUAUAUUC